CGUAAAAUGGACCAUAUCGUACGCCUAAUCUUGGCCCGUACACUUUGGGAUGUCGCUGAGUGCUGCCGCGAGGAGGAGCUUGGCACAGCGCUGCUCGCAUUUGCGUCGUGAAUCGCCUCUUUGGUGGUGCCACCGAUCAUCCGCGCCACAGGAGCAUGAUCUAGGUUCUAGGCGUCCGCCCCAGCCGUGGUCCAGUCGUCUCCGAUCGCGCGCAUUCUCAUCACCCAGUGCCGCCAGUGAACCAGACAAACCAAAGAUCUCUGUGACCUUUGUGGACAAGAAUGGCAGCGAGAAAUCGAUCCAAGUUCCCGUUGGAAUGUCGAUGCUAGAAGCUGCUCACGAGAACGAGAUCGAGCUGGAAGGGGCUUGCGAGGGAUCUCUAGCCUGCUCGACUUGUCACGUAAUCUUCAUGGACGAGGAGCUCUACCAGAAGUUGCCAGAGCCAUCCGACGAAGAGAACGAUAUGCUCGACCUGGCGUUCGGGCUCACAGAGACAUCACGUCUUGGCUGCCAAAUCAUCGCCAAACCAGAGCUGGAUGGGAUGCGUCUGGCUCUUCCGCCGGCCACCAGGAACUUCGCUGUAGAUGGACACGUUCCAAAGCCUCAUUAGCGGCGAUCUGCUAGAGCCAUAAUUAAUGAACUCAACAGAGAUGCCUUGGUAAGCGAAUUUACUCUCACUUUGUGAGGUUUUGAGCCAUCACAGUUUGGUUAUAAAAUAAAACCAAGAAUUAUGCA